AUGUGGUAUAAAUACGUUCUUCUCUUUGGGGCAGUUCUUGUUUUUAACUUUGCAGUGGUUGAUGCAGUUGUUUUCAGGUUUACGAAUUUCCAGUGCAAGAGUUACAACGAAUCGUGGUACGUUCUCAACUAUUACCGUCUGAAGGCCGUCAGUCGGGACAGGGUUCUGCUUAAUAUUAAUGGAACUAUUCUGCAUCCGGCUUACAACAUUCAAGUUCACGUAAAAGUCUAUAAAAAGGCCAAUGGUUUCAAGCCAUGGCUGUUCGAAUCCACUGUUGACGCGUGCAAGUUUAUGAAAAGGCGUUAUGAUCCAUUCUUAAAAAUUGUCCACAACAUCUUUAAAGAAUUCUCGAACGUUAAUCAUACCUGUCCCUACGUAGGUCAUGGUGUCGUCAAAGAUUUUUAUCUGAAACCGGAAUUAUUAAUUCUGCCCUUUCCAUCUGGAGAGUAUAUGCUGGCUAUUCGGUGGUAUUUCGAUAAGGAGCUCACAUUCGAUACAAAUGUCAGUUUUGUUUAUAUGGAAGAUCUUAUAAAAAGAACAUAG